AUGGCUGGUUCCUCGUAUAUAGAUGGUCCUCCACGGCUUCCGGUGUACUUCCUCGGUAUUGGCGGUCCCAACUUCAUAGAAAAUACGGCCCAUCCUGCCUACACCAAGCUGGUCGAAGUCGGACAGGAGAUUACAACAAAAGUCAAACCCAAGGCCGUGGUCGUUUUCUCUGCCCACUGGCAAGCCGGCCCAAGCAAGAUCCAGAUCAAUGUAGCCAAGAAAACGGAUCUGAUUUACGACUUUUACGGCUUCCCGUCACACUACUACGAACAUGACUAUCCCAACAAGGGAAGUCCCGAGGUUGCCGAGAGGGUUAUUGAGAAGUUAUCGGACGCUGGUAUUGAAGUUGAAAGAGUUAAACGAGGUCUUGACCAUGGCGUAUGGGUAGGGUUUAUGGCUGCGUUUGAUCCAAAACGGAACCCAUUAGAUGUACCCAUUGUGCAAGUUUCGCUAUUCGAUAACGAAGACACCGAUCAACAUUACCGCGUGGGACAGAUAUUAGAAAGUUUACGGGACGAAGGCAUUUUGAUCAUCGGUGCGGGGAUGGCCGUUCACAAUCUUCGUGAUUUCAGAGCCAACAGGGCUAGCGACCAAACCAUGCCUUACGCCUUUACAUUUGAUUCGGCACUGAAGGAGGCUGCUGCCGCGAAGCCAGAAGAGCGUCGGGAGAAGAUGCUCACUUUGAUGAAGCGUGAUGAUGCCAGGAAAGCGCAUCCGACCUUGGACCAUAUCCUUCCGAUGCAUAUUGUUGCAGGUGCUGCAGGUUCUGAUGUUGGCGAACAACUAUGGACUCUACCUGAAAAGAGUUUGAGUUGGGCACAGUACCGGUUUGGUAAAGUUCCGUCGGCGUAA